AUGCGAAAGUCCUUCAAGGAUUCCCUCAAAGCUCUAGAAGUUGACAUUCAGUUUGCCAAUACUCUUGCUUCUGAUUAUCCAAGAGAAAGUGAUGGAGCCUGCUUACAAAUGAGAUUGUCUUAUAGCCCAGCUGUUCAAUUUUUCCUUUUUCUGGUUCAGUGGACUGAUUGUCAUCUUGCUGGAGCCUUGGGAUUGCUUAGAGUUCUCAUAUACAAGGUAUAUGAGGAUGGGAAGACAACCAUGUCCCUUUGCGAGAGAAAAGCCAGUCUGAAGGAUUUCUAUGGUGUGAUCUUUCCCUCUUUACUACAACUCCACAGAGGAAUUACUGAUGUAGAAGAAAGAAAACAGAAAGAUUUAUGUGCUACAAAGUACAUGCCCAGAGAUAUAAGAAAAGGAAAACUAUCUGAAAUUGAUACUGAGAGAGAAGAAGAAUGUGGUAUUUGCAUGGAGAUGAACAACAAGGUUGUGUUGCCCAACUGCAACCACACGUUGUGUAUGAAAUGCUACAGAAAUUGGCAUGCAAGAUCUCAAUCUUGCCCUUUCUGUCGGGACAGUCUUCAAAGGGUAAAUUCUUGUGAUCUUUGGAUCUACAUGAACAGCAAUGAGAUAACUGACCUGGCUUCAAUCAAUAAGGAGAAUUUAAAAAGACUAUUUCAGUACAUUGACAAGUUGCCUCUUAUUUUGUCAGAUCCUUCAUUCAUGUCUUAUCCCCAGCGCUUUUGA